AUGAUUGCCUCUCACAAUCUCCCUGUCUGCAUUUCCGAAGAAUGGGCCAAGCAUCACAUCCACUUUGCAAACCGCUUCGAAAGUACAGCUUCUGGUUUCAUGGUGAAUUUCCGGACGCAGGCUCUCAAAAUGGUGUUCAACACACUGUUCGCAGACAGCCCUACCUUUCUGCACCACCUCAUGUCCUCUGAACCACCCAUCAUCAAUGCCUCUGUGGUGUCGGCAGUGUCACGUAUCCUGAUCGACUGUCUGAAGAAAACUUGGCGGAGCUGCCCUUACUACACGUUCAGCAUCACAUACUGGUGCCGCGAGACUGCUCCAAUGCUCUUCGAACGUGGUUUGCUUUACCCCUCCCUCAUCAGCAAUGCCAUUGGUAUAUUGCUGAUGAUAGGAUGCAUGGGAGAGGUUUGGUAUGACAAUAGUGCCUGCUGGUGGUACAGGGGCGAAGAGGUGCCCGAGACCAUGGAGAGGUUUGAGCAUGCAGCGUAG